UUCACACAAAUACAGCAGAAACAAUGUGACAUAACGUUAUAAUGCAAUAAUUCACUGUUUUGAAUAUUUCUUUCAGAAGUGUUUCAUGCUCCACACAUGAAUGAGAUAUUAUUUGAAAGACUCACAUUAGCAUUUCCAACUCAUAAUUAAUUAUAUUGAUCAUCAACAAUGAUACUAUUAUAUUACUAUAAAAACAUGUUAAUUGUGUUCAUAGAUGCAGAAACAUACUCUAGAGGGAUACCAGUUGCCUGUAAAGACCGGAAAAAAUACCAAAAUCCAAACCAUCAUUUAGUUUCGGUUUAUAAUUCUUUUAUUAAAAAACUGUUUUUCUGUGACUGGGUGGAUAGAUAGAUAGAUACAUAACAUAACAAUACUCAGAUAUAUCAUAACAGGUUGUUUGUGUUGUAUGUUGUUUUUCUUUUGCUCAUUUUGUUUGUGUUCUGUCUCCAUGUUUCAUGUUGGACUGAGUGUCCUCAGAAUAUUUGCACAAGGUGUUAGAUUGAGGUUUUUUAUGACGGAAUAAAAUCAAAGCAAAACAGAUAGAAAGAUACUUCAUUUGAACUACAUGAGAGUGAAAAGUCAGUCUUGAAAUGUAUUUCAGAAAUCACUUUUGGAAAUCUGAAGCAAAGUCUUAUAUUAAAACUCCUCUAUUCAGUUACAGUGACACGCAGCAUUUCUGCCGACGUGAGACAAAAAAAUCUACAGUUUUUUUCUUAGACUUAACACACUGUCUUAAACUAACGCUCUAAACCUGAUAUAGUUGAUGACCUGACAUGCAAAGAGAAAUAUUUGGACUCAUGCUGACCUUUGGAUAACAAUCUGCCUGCAUGUUAACCAUGAACUGUAACGUUUGUAUUUAGUUCCAUAUCCCUACUUCUCCUGUCAGAUCAGAGCAGAGAAGAGGAAACUGAAAACCAGCAUGUUUGUAUUUACUGAAGUUGCUGACAAUGAAACCCAAAGGACACCUUUAUCCUUUCCCCUUACCUUUUACAAUCAAAUCUGUUUACUGACAGAAAUGGAUUAAUUCAGUGAAACCAAUAAGAAAUCACAGCUUCUAUUUAGAUUCAGUCACUGUCUGUGAUCUAUAUCCAAAUGUCUUCUCUUCUCCUCUUUACCUUUAUCAAAAGAGACUGGACCACAAAGUUGAUAGUAAAUCAGUACUAUACCGGUUUUUAAAUGCUAUUAAGAUAAAUUUGCAAAUACAGUUUAAACUCUGCUUGCAUUCAAAGAUGGUGCUGCUACACUAAUCCUCAUAUGUUGCUAGUUGAAGUUUUCGUUUGGUACAUUGCUGAUACUAUUACAACUUAUAUUCUACUUCUGCCAGUGUUGCUACUACUAAGACUAGUUGGCCUCCCACCUCUUCUCCUGGUACUGUUAGCUACAAAUACUAGUAGUAGUCAUAAUACUACUACUUCUCCUGCCAUGUCACCACUACCACUCCUCCUUCUACUAUUAUUAUAUUACCAAUACUGCUGCUAUUAUGAUGACUACUUCUACUACUGCUGGUAAAUAUAUUACUACUUCUAAUGCCACGAGGGUAGUGGUAGUGGCCAUUGCCUCUAUCACUACUGCUUCUUUUACAAGUACUGCUAUAAAGAGUCAUUUUCAGAAAUUCAUGUGUCACUGUUUUUGCUGUUCCCAGGUCAGUUGUUGUGAGAGGAGGAACCUCAGAGUUGGAGCCAUGUUGUCGGCGGAGGAGAUUCUGUGCAGCACGCAGCAGGUGAUCGCAGGGCUGGAGGCGCUGAGAGGAGAGAACCGCGGUUUGCUGGAGAGCCUGCAGGAGGCGAUGGAGAGCCGGCCGGCGCCAGAGAGCAGCAACAGCGUGGAGCAGGAGAAAAGCAGCAUCAUCUGCCAAUCACUGGAGAGGAUAGAGCUGGGGCUGAGCGAGGCACAGGUGAUGAUGGCGUUGUCGGCUCACCUGGGAUCACUGGAGGCGGAGAAACAGAAGCUGCGAGCUCAGGUGCGUCGUCUUUGUCAGGAGAACCAGUGGUUGAGGGACGAGCUGGCUGGUGCUCAGCAGCGGCUGCAGGACAGGGAGCAGGAGGUGGUCACCCUGGAGGAGCAGAACAGACACCUGCAGUUCAUGUCCUCCAUACGUAAAUACGACCAGGAGGAGCCGCAGCUGGAUGACAAAGACACGUCCUCCAACAAAGAGUCUCUGGAUGAUCUCUUUCCUACUGAGGAUGAGGAACAGUCACAGAUGUCCCAGCCUCACCACAGCAGUGCAGCAGCUGCAGCCCAGCAGGGCGGCUACGAGAUUCCCGCCCGCCUUCGAACGCUCCACAACCUUGUCAUCCAGUACGCAUCCCAGGGACGAUACGAAGUCGCCGUACCGCUCUGCAAACAGGCUUUGGAAGACCUGGAGAAGUCUUCAGGCCACACCCACCCAGACGUAGCCACCAUGCUGAAUAUACUGGCACUUGUGUACAGAGACCAGAACAAAUACAAAGAAGCAGCCAACCUGUUGAAUGAUGCGUUGGCGAUCAGGGAGAAAACUCUUGGGAUCGAUCAUCCAGCUGUAGCAGCAACGCUCAAUAACCUUGCAGUGCUUUAUGGGAAAAGAGGAAAAUACAAGGAAGCAGAGCCACUGUGUAAAAGAGCUUUGGAGAUCAGAGAGAAGGUUCUGGGUACAGACCACCCAGAUGUGGCCAAGCAGCUCAACAACCUGGCUCUGCUAUGUCAGAACCAGGGGAAGUACCAGGAGGUGGAGCAGUACUACGAACGCGCCCUGCACAUCUACCAGAGCAAACUGGGACCAGACGACGCGAACGUGGCCAAGACCAAGAACAACCUGGCAUCAUGUUACCUUAAACAGGGGAAAUACAGACAAGCUGAGGCUCUGUACAAAGAGAUCCUGACCAGAGCACAUGAAAAGGAGUUUGGAUCUGUAGAAGGAGAAGGUCGUCCCAGCUGGUCCGGGGCCGAGGACGGCGGCCCCAGACAGGAUGGACUCAGUAACCUGAAGCGCAGCGGCUCCUUCACCAAACUCAGAGAGUCAAUUCGCCGGAGCAGCGAGAAACUGGUCCGCAAGCUGAGAGGGGUCGGAAUGGAGGAAACAACCCCAAGGAAUGCUGGGAUGAAGAGGGCAAACUCUCUGAAUGUGUUAAAUGUUGGAGCCAGAGACAGUCAAGAUGGAGCCCAGUCGAGCCGUUUGGCAGAUAUUCGAGGCCUGAGCUGCAGCACACAGAGCCUGACAAGACGAGGUUCACUUGGUGGGACCAGCUAACACACACACACACACACACACACACACACACACACACACACACACACACACACACACACACACACACACACACACACACACACACACACACAGACUCACAC